GGAAGCGGAGGCCUUCGGCCACCUCCGCGGGGCCAUCAUGGCGGAGGGGGAGCCUGGGGCAGAGGCAGCGGCUUUACUUCCUCGAGAGAGUCGGAAUUCUCAUCCCAGUUGCAGAAGUCUGAGAAGACUGGAUUACAGUAAGAAUCAGAGAAGAAAUAAUAGCAAUAAUAACCCACCACCUCCCUGGCAAUUUUCUCGUCAGGAUCCUGCCCCCGAGACCCGUAUCGGGAACCAGCAGGAUCCCAGUGAUCCGGAAAACAAGUUUAGGGCCAAAGAGACUUUUCCUAAGGUCGGGACUUUCAACAAAACGUCCAAGAACCAGGAGUUUCAGCACUAUCAGUGGCCGAAAUCCGGCAGAAGGAAGUCUUCCAGAUCCCAGGCAAAACCAACUCUUCCCCAUUCUGCCGCGAGACCGGGUCGUUCAGAUACGGCGCCAGAAUCAGAACGGGGAGUAGAUCCCAAAGAGCACGGCAGCUUGACUUGUUCCGAGGGCCAAAAGGAUAUCGGUAACGAAGAGAACAGAGGAGCGAAACCGAAGAAAAGAGCCCAUCCGGUGCACGGGUUGGGCAGGGAAGAGAAAGGAAAAGCCAAGUCUGAAUGGAACCAGCGGAAAGAAGAGAUGUCGGAGGCCGCACCCCCUGCGAGUCCGGCUCAGGCCGAACCUUCCCGAGCGGCAGACGGAAAAACAGGCUUCGACGCCUGUGCCCUUGGUUGCGGUGAACAGAAGAGGCUUCCGUUUCCAAAGAAGAGAGAUUCCCGGGAGUCCGAGUGGUGCCAGGCCCCGCCAGAUAAAGAAAUUCCGAAGCCGCAGGAGGGGAAAAGGAAUAGAAACACGAGAGCCAAAAGCUCCCUUUCGUGCGUCGCCAAAGAAAGGCCGCAGAAGGCUACUGACCAGAGAGGGACGAUCACCGGAGGCUUUCACGCGGGGGUUGAGCCGGAGAAAUGCGCUGGGAGAAGGCAGAAGGAGCCCAGGGUGACUCAGCUUGGUUGGAAAAAGAAGAGUGAGGUGCCGGAGAACAAAGAAACCUAUACAGGAUCCCUAAUAGAGCAGCUCACUUCGGAAAAAUACGAGUGCCUGGUGUGUUGCGAGGUGAUUCGGAUGAUGGUUCCAGUGUGGAGCUGUCAGAGCUGCUACCACGUGUUUCACCUGAACUGCAUUAAGAAAUGGGCACGGUCACCCUCAGCCCAAGCGGAAGAUGGGAACAGCGGUUGGCGAUGCCCGGCUUGUCAAAACGUCUCAGCCCGAGUUCCCGGCACGUAUACUUGUUUCUGUGGCAAGGUGAAGAAUCCAGAAUGGAACAGAAAUGAAAUUCCCCACAGCUGUGGUGAGCUCUGUAGAAAGAAACGGCCAGGCCAGGACUGUCCGCAUCCCUGUAACCUUCUCUGCCAUCCAGGACCUUGCCCAUCCUGCCCGGCCUCUAUGAUCAAAACCUGUGAAUGUGGACGAACAAGUCAUUCAGUUCGCUGUGGACAAGCCAACACAAUUCACUGUUCUAACGUGUGUGGGAGUCCUCUGAAUUGUGGUCAGCACAGCUGUGCUGAAUUGUGCCAUGGAGGCCAGUGCCAACCUUGCCAGCUUAUACUACAGCAGGUAUGUUACUGUGGGAGCACCUCACAAGAUGUGUUAUGUGGAACAAACACAAAACCGUCUGAUGGCUUUGGGGACUUCAGCUGCUUAAAGAUAUGUGGCAAGGCCUUAAAAUGUGGAAACCAUCUCUGUUCCCAAGUCUGCCACCCUCGGCCCUGCCAUCCGUGCCCACGACUCCCACAUUUAGUGCAGUUCUGCCCGUGUGGGCAAACUCCUCUUAGUAAAUUACCGGAAUGCGGAAGCGCGGAACGGAAAACGUGCCUGGACCCCAUCCCGUCCUGUGGAAAGAUCUGUGGCAAGCCCCUGCCUUGUGGCUCCAUAGAUUUCGUUCACACCUGUGAGAGCCUCUGUCAUGAAGGAAACUGCGGUCCUUGCUCUCGCACCUCCAACAUUUCCUGUAGGUGUGGCUCCAAAACGAAGGAACUUCCUUGCGCCCUCCUUAAAACCCAAACCGACGAUACCUUUAUUUGCAACAAGAGGUGUAAUAAGAAACGAUCGUGUGGCCGGCACAAAUGCAGCGACAUUUGCUGUGUGGAUAAAGAGCACAGGUGUCCUCUAAUUUGUGGACACAAACUCAAUUGUGGCCUUCAUCGAUGUGAGGAUCCUUGUCACCGCGGCAACUGCCAAACAUGCUGGCAGACAAGCUUUGAUGAGUUAACCUGCUAUUGUGGCGAGUCGGUGAUUUUCCCUCCAGUUCCCUGUGGUACCAGGCCACCGGAGUGUAAGAACACAUGCACCAGGCUCCAUGACUGCGAUCACCCUGUUUUCCACUCCUGCCAUAGCGAGGAGAAGUGCCCUCCGUGUACUUACCUCACUCAGAAAUGGUGCAGAGGCAAGCACGAGCUGCGGAGCAACAUCCCCUGUCACCUGACGGACAUCUCCUGCGGGCUGAGCUGCAACCGGACGUUGCGGUGUGGCAUGCAUAAGUGCCAAAGGAUCUGUCACAAAGGGGACUGCCUCCUCGACGAAGGCUGCAAGCAGGCCUGCACCUUGCCCAGGCCGGACUGCGGUCACCCUUGUACGGCCGAGUGCCACCCCUCCUCCCCCUGCCCCACGACCCGCUGUAAAGCCGAGGUAGAGCUUCAGUGUGAGUGCGGAAGAAGAAAAGAGACCAUGAUUUGCUCCGAGGCAACUAGUGCUUACCAAAGGAUCGCCGCCAUCUCCAUGGCUUCCAAACUAACAGACCUACAGCUUGGAGACUCAGUGGAGAUCAGCAAGCUGAUUACCAAAAAAGAAAUUCGCGAAGCGAGGCUUCAGUGCGACGAGAGCUGUUUAGCCCAAGAAAGAAACCGGCGUUUUGCCGAAGCUCUUAAUAUCAGUGACGAUUCUGACCCGUUCAACGUCCGCUCUGCGGAGUCCAAGUACAGUGAUAGUUUGAAGGAAGAUGCAAGGAAGGAUUUCAAAUUUGUCUGUGAAGUUGAGAAGGAGAUGAGAGUUCUCGUGGAAGCUGUAAAUAAGGGUAGGAAUCCCAAAAAAAGCUACUGCUACCCGCCCAUGAACAGAGACCACCGCAAGAUCAUUCACGAGUUAGCUCAAGUUUACGGCAUCGAGAGCGUGAGCUAUGACAGCGAACCGAAGCGCAACGUCGUCAUCAUCGCGGUGAGAGGGAAAUCCGUGUGUCCCACAACUACCCUGACAGCUGUGUUGGAGAAAGAGCUCCAGUCACGACAACCGCCGCCACCAAUUCCUCAUCAUAAGCAUCAGACUAAUAAAAAUCCCGGGAGCAGUGGUUUACAGAAAAUAGCCAAAGAAGAACCGGUGAUCGACUACUUCGACGUCCAGGACUGAAGAGCUGAAACGCGUAACUAAUGAAUAGACGGAGUGAAAAUGCCAAUUUAUUUACCAGCCGCUCUGACGCAUAAUCGUGGCGCAGAUUCUUCACCCCUCAAUCCUGCUUAUAUCUCUGGAGGACGAUGCAGGCUAUCUGGAGAGAAUUUUGAAUAAUUAGUGCUACAUCUGACGGAUUUUUGCAGGGGAAAGACUUUCCAAUGUCCCAUUUAAAAUGCCAUUUCGAGCCGGGUUCCUGCUUCCCUACGUCGGAAGCGCCGUUGGGUGGCCUGAUCUCCGGUCGGGAUCGCACUUGGAUUCGAAACGAAAUAUCCUUACCUGUUUGUGAUGAAAUUGAAGGAAAUAAUUUUCACUAUAA